AUGCGAGCAGCCCGGCCGGCCCCGCCGCGGCUCGCGGACACCGGCGGCGCGGGCGCCCGGCGCGAACAAAGCUGCCCGCCCCCGCCCCCGCCCCCUCCCCCACCGCCGUCGCCGCCGCCCCGGCCGCCCCCCACGCGGCCCCAGGGCCCCGCCGCCUUACCUCGGCCGCCCGCCCGGCCCGCUCGCACGCCGCUACGAAGCCGAGGAGGCUCUGGCCGGGGAGUGUGGAACAUUGAAAGUCGGAGGGGGUUGUGCAGUGCCGGGCUCCGGCCGGAGGGUGGCGCCGCCCAGCGCCUUCGGAAAAAAGGGGGGGGUAGGAGCUCCCGGCGAGGCGGAGGGGAUGCGGGAGACCCCCGCGCGCUGUGGCCUCCCGCCGCCGCCGCCCGGCUGGGCUCCUCCCGGCCGCGCAGUCAGCAAGUUCCGAGGCGACCGCGGGGGGAGGGGCGGGCGCGGCGGCGGCGCGCGUGCUCGCUGCUCGCCUGGCGGAGGGGCGCGCGUCGCCGGCGGCCGGCGGGCGCGAGCUAUUCCGCGCGCUCCCGCGCACUCUCCCCGCGCCUCUCUUCACCCGGGGGGCGCACGCGUCCGCCCGCGCGCGGCCAGGACAAAGAGCGCGGCGGGGACCUGGCGGGCUAUUCCCUGCCGCCCUUGGUCGCGGAGCCGGUGCCCGGGAAGGCGGAGGCGCGGGCGCCGUCUCGCGGGGCCGCCGUGCCGUGGGGUGGCUUCCGGCCUGGGCCAGCCUCCGGGGCGAGGCUGCCCAUUGGGCUACCCACCUCCCCAGAGCUGACUGCAUCUCCUCCGCCGCGCAGGGGCCGCGGGGAACCUGGGACCCCUGUACCUAGAGUUCCCAGUGCAGAAAAGAACAGUUGAUCGAAGUUCACCAAGUUCGUAAGGAGGAAGGUUAUUCCUCUCAGAAUGAACAGAAAGAAUGUCUCUGCUGUAUCAAAAUAGAGGAUGG